CCGGUCGGUCGGUGUCUCUCCCUGGUUUGGAGCCUCUAAAAAUACCCGGAGGUGUCACCGUGGGUCCUGGCCCCGCCCCCUGCCCUGCAGCCAGCCAAUGGGCUGCGGGCUGCGUAUCUGUGUGUGUUAGAGGAUGCCCGGGCUGGAGUUGUAUAUAUGGUCAUGGAGGGGGCAUUCCUGGGAGUCCAGCAGAGUGACGCCGAGCGUUUUUAAACCCCCGACCCCCUUCUCCUCCAGCCGCUGUACCGACUCUCUGCAGGCCGCCUCGCCGCCGUCUGAGCCUCUUUUCCCGGACAACAGGAGCGAGUGUGUCCGGAGGAAGAAAACGACUUUUUCUCUCUUUAUUUCUUCUUCCUUCCUUGAUCGGUACCAUGGCUCAGCCGGGCUGGAUUAACUGACACUGGACCCGCAGCUUCACGCACACUUUGGAGAAGUGUGUCACUCCCAGAGGUGGAAAGUAAUCCGUUACAUUUACUCGCGUUACCGUAGAGCCUAAUGGAGUAGUUUCUUUUUGUGUGUGUGUGUGUGUAGGCUACUUCUACUUUUUUUAAAGUCGUUUUUCAAAGCUGUAAUUUUACUUUUACGCUCUGCCUCCUCCGCUCCUCUCUGCUUCUCUUCUCUCUUCCUCUGCCUUCCCUUCUUCUCCUCUUCGCUCCGGGCUUUAACAAAACCUAACAGCGGGCGCCAUGAUGAGCAACAGCGGCUACAUGGAGCAGCAGCUUCCCCCGCAGUUCAUCUGCGAGGAAGAGGAGGAGGAGGAAGAGGAGGAGAUGCCGGCCACGGAGAAGGAUCUGGCCGAGGACGCCCCCUGGAAGAAGAUCCAGCAGAACACCUUCACCCGCUGGUGCAACGAGCACCUGAAGGGGCUCAACAAGCGGAUCGGGGACCUGCAGAAGGACCUGAGUGACGGGCUGAAGCUCAUCGGCCUGCUGGAGGUGCUGAGCCAGAAGAAGAUGUUCAGGAAGUACCACAGCCGGCCCAACUUCAGGCAGAUGAAGCUGGAGAACGUCUCGGUGGCGCUGGAGUUCCUGGAGAGGGAGCACAUCAGGCUGGUGUCCAUCGACUCUAAAGCCAUCGUGGACGGGAACCUGAAGCUGAUCCUGGGUCUGAUCUGGACCCUGAUCCUGCACUACUCCAUCUCCAUGCCCAUGUGGGAGGACGAGGACGACGAAGACGCCAAGAAGCUGACGCCCAAGCAGCGUCUGCUGGGCUGGAUCCAGAACAAGGUGCCCCAGCUCCCCAUCACCAACUUCCACCGGGACUGGAGGGACGGCAAGGCUCUGGGGGCGCUGGUGGACAACUGUGCCCCGGGUCUCUGUCCAGACUGGGAAACGUGGGAUCCCAGUCAGCCGGUGGAGAACGCCAGGGAGGCCAUGCAGCAGGCCGACGACUGGCUCGGAGUGCCUCAGGUGAUCGCUCCGGAGGAGAUCGUUGAUCCCAACGUGGACGAGCACUCGGUGAUGACCUACCUGUCUCAGUUCCCCAAAUCUAAACUGAAGCCCGGCGCACCCCUCAGGGCCAAGACGCUGCACCCCAAGAGGGCCAAAGCCUACGGACCAGGUCUUGAGCCUCGAGGGAACGUGGUCCUGAAACCUGCAGAGUUUCUGGUGGAAACUGUGGAGGCCGGACUCGGUGAAGUUCUGGUUUAUGUGGAGGACCCAGAGGGACACACGGAGGAGGCUCGAGUGAUCCCCAACAACGACAAGAACAGAAGCUACUCGGUGGUCUACCUGCCCAAAGUGGAGGGGCUGCAUAGAGUGAAGGUGCUUUUUGCUGGGCAGGACAUCGACAGAAGUCCCUUCAUGGUGAAUGUUUCCAAGGCGAUGGGCGACCCAACCAGAGUACAGGCCCGCGGGCCGGGACUGCAGCAGACGGGAAAUGUGGCCAACAAACCUACAUACUUUGACAUUUACACUGCAGGGGCGGGUGCUGGAGAUGUAGGCGUCAUUAUUGUGGAUUCAAAUGGUCGCAGGGAUACAGUGGAGAUUGUGUUGGAGAACAGAGGCGACAGUAUUUUCCGCUGCACCUAUGUUCCCAUCCUGGAGGGCGCUCACACUGUCUACGUGACCUUUGCUGGGCAGCAGAUUCCCAGAAGCCCUUUCACUGUCAACAUCUCAGAGGCCUGUAAUCCCAACGCAUGCCGAGCGACGGGCAGAGGUCUGCAGCCGAAGGGUCUGAGAGUCAAAGAAGUGUCUGACUUUAAAGUUUACACUAAAGGAGCCGGCAGCGGAGAGCUCAAAGUCACUGUGAAGGGACCAAAGGGCCUGGAGGAGCCGGUGAAGGUUAUCGAGAUGGAAAACGGGAUCUUCGAGUGUAAUUAUUACCCAAUCAUGAUGGGAAAAUACACGGUGACCAUCAGUUGGGGAGGACACAGCAUCCCCCGCAGUCCGUUUGAGGUCCAGGUGAGCGAGGAGGCGGGCCCCCAGAAGGUGCGGGCCUGGGGUCCCGGUCUGGAGACGGGUAUGGUUGGGAAGAGUGCCGACUUUGUGGUGGAGGCCAUCGGCACGGAGGUGGGAACACUCGGUUUCUCCAUCGAGGGUCCGUCUCAGGCGAAGAUUGAGUGUGACGAUAAAGGUGACGGGUCGUGUGAUGUCCGAUACUGGCCGACCGAACCGGGCGACUACGCCGUGCAUGUCAUCUGUGACGACGAAGACAUUAAGGACAGUCCCUUCAUGGCUCACAUCCUCCCUGCUGCCAACGACGUCUUCCCAGAAAACGUUAAGUGUUACGGUCCCGGUCUGGAGCCGCUCGGCUGCAUCGUCAACAAACCCGCAGACUUCACCAUCGACACGGAUGGAGCCGGCAGAGGAGAGCUGAAGCUCUACGCUCAGGAUGCCGAGGGUUUCCCCAUCGACAUCCAGAUCACUGAUAACGGAGACAGCACCUUCUUCUGCGUUUACAUUCCCACCAAACCUGUCAAACACACCAUCAUCAUCACCUGGGGGGAGGUCAACGUUCCCAACAGCCCCUUCAGGGUGCUGAUUGGAGAGGGCAGCCAUCCAGAGAACGUGAAGGUUUACGGUCCAGGUGUGGAGAAGACGGGACUGAAGGCCAACGAGCCGACAUACUUCACCGUGGACUGCAGCGAGGCCGGCCAGGGUGACGUCAGCAUCGGGAUCAAGUGUGCGCCGGGCGUGGUCGGUCCGGCGGAGGCCGACAUCGACUUUGACAUCAUCAAGAACGACAACGACACGUUCACGGUGAAGUACACGCCUCCAGGAGCCGGGCAGUACACCAUCAUGGUGCUGUUCGCCGAUCAGGAAAUUCCCAUCAGCCCCUUCAGAAUAAAGGUGGAUCCUUCCCAUGAUGCAGCUAAAGUCCGCGCAGAGGGACCUGGACUCAGCAAGACAGGAGUUGAAGUGGGCAAACCGACUCACUUCACCAUCUACACGAAGGGAGCCGGCAAAGCCAAACCGGAGGUUCAUUUCACCGGCGCGGCUAAAGGAGAAGCCGUCCGAGACUUUGAGAUCAUCGACAACCACAACUACUCGUACACCGUCCGCUACACCGCCCUCCAGCAGGGGAACAUGUCCGUCACUGUGUGUCACGGCGGAGACCCCAUCCCUAAGAGCCCCUUCAACAUCAGCGUGGCCCCCCCGCUGGACCUCAACAAGGUCAAAGUUCAGGGUUUGAACAACAAGGUGGACGUUGGGAAGGACGAGGAGUUCAGCGUGUGUACUCGUGAGGCUGGAGGUCAGGGCAAACUUGACGUCAAGAUCACCUCAUCGUCACGCAGACCAAUCCCCUGCAAGCUGGAGUCGGGCACAGCCAAUGAGGCGCACACAGUGAAGUACAUUCCCCCCGAGGAAGGACAAUACAAAGUGGACGUCAGCUACGACGGGAACCCCAUCCCAGGAAGUCCGUUCACGGUGGAGGCCGUCAUGCCCCCCGACCCUUCAAAGGUCCGAGCCUACGGUCCAGGCCUUCAGGGGGGUGUGGUGGGUAAACCGGCGCCCUUCGCCAUCGACACAAAGGGCGCCGGUACCGGCGGUCUGGGCCUGACGGUGGAGGGACCCUGCGAGGCCAAAAUCGAAUGUCAGGACAACGGGGACGGGUCUUGCUCAGUGUCCUACCUGCCCACAGAGCCCGGAGAGUACGCCAUCAACAUCCUGUUUGCAGAGCAGCACAUCCCCGGCUCGCCCUUCAAGGCCGCGGUCCAGUCGGCGUUCGACCCCGGCAAGGUGACGGCCAGCGGGCCAGGCCUGGAGAGAGGGAAGGUCAACGAGGACGGAUCCUUCACGGUGGACUGCUCCAAAGCUGGCGAGGCGGAGCUCACCAUUGAGAUCGUCUCCGACUCUGGAGCCAGAGCAGAAGUUCACGUGCAGAACAACGGCGACGGGACGUACGCCAUUACCUACAUCCCGCAGUGCCAUGGCAUGUACACCAUCACCAUCAAGUACGGAGGACACGCUGUGCCAAAGUUCCCCAUCCGGCUGACGGUGGAGCCGGCGGUGGAUACCAGCGGGGUGAAGGUCCACGGGCCGGGAGUGGAGCCCCGAGGCGUCCUGAGGGAAGUGACCACGCAUUUCACCGUGGACGCCCGGGCGCACUACCGGAGCGGCGGCGGCCGCAUCAAAGCCCCCAUCUCCAACCCGUCGGGCGCCAACACGGACGCCUACAUCACCGACAAGGGAGACGGGACCUACCGAGUGGAGUACACGCCGUACGAGGACGGUUUGCAUCUGAUUGAAGUUCUGUUUGAUGACGUCUCGGUCCCGAAGAGUCCGUUCCGGGUCUCGGUGUCGGAGGGCUGCGAUCCCAGCCGGGUCCGAGCCUACGGACCCGGUCUGGAGGAGGGACUGGUCAACAAACCAAACCGCUUCACCGUGGAGACCAGAGGUGCUGGCACCGGGGGUCUGGGCCUGGCCAUCGAGGGUCCAUCAGAGGCCAAGAUGUCCUGUAAGGACAACAAAGAUGGCAGCUGCAGCGUGGAGUACAUCCCCUUCACUCCCGGAGAGUACGACGUCAACAUCACCUUCGGAGGCCUUCCUAUUCCAGGGAGCCCGUUUCGGGUUCCGGUGCGCGAGCUGUUGGAUCCCAGUAAAGUGAAGUGUUCGGGUCCCGGCCUGGGAAGUGGAGUCCGAGCCCACGUCCCCCAGACCUUCACCGUGGACAGCAGCAAGGCCGGGGUCGCCCCCCUGGAGGUCCUGCUGUACGGGCCCACAGGUGUGGCUGAGCCAAUCAGCAUCACCGACAACGGCGACUGUACUCACACGGCCAACUACACGCCCGCCAGCGACGGUCCGUACACGGUGUGCGUGAAAUACGCCGACCAGGAAGUCCCGCGCAGUCCCUUUAAGAUCAAGACCUUACCGGCCCACGAUGCCAGUAAAGUCCGAGCCAGCGGUCCGGGUCUGAAUGCGUCCGGAGUUCCCGCCAGUCUGCCCGUUGAGUUCACCAUCGACGCCAGAGACGCCGGAGAGGGACUGCUCACCGUUCAGAUCCUGGAUCCGGAGGGGAAACCCAAGAAGGCGAACAUUCGGGACAACCGGGACGGGACGUACACGGUGUCCUACGUCCCGGACAUGGCUGGACGUUACACCAUCACCAUCAAAUACGGCGGAGACGAGAUCCCGUACUCGCCGUACCGCAUCCUGGCGCUGCCCACUGGAGACGCCAGCAAGUGUCUGGUCACAGUGUCGAUUGGAGGACACGGACUGGGUUCAUGUAUCGGGUCGACCAUCCAGAUCGGCGAGGAGACGGUCAUCACCGUUGAUGCAAAGGCUGCUGGGAAAGGGAAGGUGACGUGCAAGGUGUCGACGCCGGAUGGCGCCGAGCUGGAUGUGGACGUGGUGGAGAACGCCGACGGCACGUUUGACAUCUACUACACGGCGCCGGAGCCCGGGAAGUACGUCAUCACCAUCCGCUUCGGAGGGGAGAACAUUCCCAACAGCCCCUUCCACGUGGUGGUGAGUGAUACCGUCCCCAUAAUAGAGGAGCCCAGUGACACGCUGCAGAUUAAAGCGCCCUAUGUGGGCUUCUCCCCCCAAUGGGUAUACACUGCCACCGAUGAUCCGGUGAGCGUGGACGGGACGGAGGCGGUGCUGCGGCCGUUCAGUCUGGUCAUUCCCUUCACCGUCCAGACGGGACAGAUCACAGGUGAAGUGCGGAUGCCGUCCGGCCGAACCGCCAGCCCGCACAUCACCGACAACAAGGACAGCACCGUCACGGUGAAAUACUCGCCAACGGAGAGAGGCCUGCACGAGAUGGACAUCAAGUACGACGGGAACCACAUCCCAGGAAGUCCGCUGCAGUUCUACGUGGACGCCAUUAACAGCGGUCAUGUGACGGCGUUCGGCCCCGGUCUGACUCACGGCACGGUGAACACACCGGCCGCCUUCACCAUCGUCACUAAAGACGCCGGAGAAGGCGGACUGUCUCUGGCGGUGGAAGGUCCGUCUAAAGCCGAGAUCAGCUGCAAGGACAACAAAGACGGGACGUGCACCGUGUCCUACCUGCCCACCGUCCCCGGAGACUACAACAUCAUCGUCAAGUUCGAUGACAAACACAUCCCCGGCAGCCCCUUCACCGCCAAGAUCACCGGUGAAGACUCCAUGAGGACGUCUCAGCUUAACGUCGGCACGGCGACAGACGUUUCCUUAAAGAUCACGGAGACGGACCUGAGCAGCCUGACGGCGAGCAUCAGAGCGCCGUCAGGACACGAGGAGCCAUGUCUGCUGAAGAGGCUGCCCAACAGACACAUCGGUGAGUCGGGCGGCGCGGAGAUGACGGCCCAGGUAACGAGUCCCGGAGGAAAGACGGCGGACGCAGAGAUCCUGCGCGGCGAGGACAGCGCCUAUAGCGUGCGCUUCGUCCCGCAGGAGAUGGGCGCUCACACGGUGAACGUUCGGUACCGCGGCCAGCACGUCCCCGGCAGCCCCUUCCAGUUCACCGUGGGGCCCCUGGGGGAGGGGGGGGCACACAAGGUCCGGGCUGGGGGGACCGGGCUGGACCGAGGCAUCGCUGGGAUCCCAGCUGAGUUCAGUAUCUGGACCAGAGAGGCUGGAGCUGGGGGGCUGUCCAUCGCUGUGGAGGGACCGAGUAAAGCUGAGAUCACCUUCGAGGACCGGAAGGACGGAUCCUGUGGAGUCGCCUAUGUGGUCCAGGAGCCCGGCGACUACGAGGUUUCCAUCAAGUUCAACGACGAACACAUCCCAGACUCUCCGUUCAUCGUCCCGGUCGCCACGCUGUCUGACGACGCUCGCCGCCUCACCAUCUCCAGCCUGCAGGAGAUGGGUCUGAAGGUUGGGCAGGAGGCGUCCUUCGCGGUCCAGCUGAACGGAGCCCGAGGGCUGAUCGACGCCAAGAUCCACACGCCAUCAGGAGCCAUCGAGGAGUGUUACAUCACCGAGCUGGACAACGAUAAGCACGCCAUCAGGUUCAUCCCGAGAGAAAACGGAGUUCAUUCUAUCGACGUGCGUUUCAACGGCAGCCACGUCCCCGGCAGUCCCUUCAAGAUCCGCGUCGGAGAACCGGGACAGGUCGGAGACCCCGGCAUGGUGUCUGCCUUCGGACCGGGACUGGAGGGAGGAACCACAGGUGUGGCGUCUGAGUUUGUUGUGAACACGUGUAACGCUGGAUCCGGCGCUCUGUCCGUCACCAUCGACGGGCCGUCCAAGGUGAAGAUGGACUGCCAGGAGUGUCCCGAGGGAUACACAGUCUCCUACACCCCCAUGGCCCCCGGCAGCUACCUGAUCUCCAUCAAGUACGGCGGACCGCAGCACAUCGUAGGAAGCCCCUUCAAGGCCAAGGUGUCAGGACCUCGUCUGUCCAGCGGCCACAGUCUGCACGAGACAUCGUCUGUCGUCGUGGAGACCGUCUCCAAGGCAACGGCGAUGGGAGGAGGAGCCUUCGCCUCCUUACCCAGGUUCUCGUCGGACGCCAGCAGCGUCGUCUCCAGAGGCGCCGGCCUGUCCAAGGCCUUCGUGGGUCAGAAGAACACAUUCACCGUGGACUGCAGCAAAGCAGGCACCAACAUGCUGAUGGUGGGCGUUCACGGACCGAAGACGCCCUGCGAGGAAGUGUACGUCAAACACAUGGGCAACAGGAUGUACAACGUCACGUACACGGUCAAAGAACAGGGCAGCUACAUCCUCAUCGUCAAGUGGGGGGACGAGAACGUCCCGGGCAGUCCCUUCCACGUCACCGUCCCCUAAAAACUCAACUCUUCUUCUCUAUCAGCUGUGUUAGAAACUAUUCCCCUAAAACUCAACUCUUCUUCUCUAUCAGCUGUUAGAAACCGUCCCCUAUCACAGACAUACACUGAACUAAAUUAUAAACACUACACUUUUGUUUUUGCCCCCAUUUUUCAUGAGCUGAACUCAAAAAUCUAAGACCUUUUCUAUGUACACAAAAGGCUUAUUUCUCUCAAAUAUUGUUCACAAAUCUGUCUAAAUCUGUGUUAGUAAGCACGAGAUAAUCCAUCCACCUCACAGGUGUGGCAUAUCAAGAUGCUGAUUAGACAGCAUGAUAAUAGCACAGGUGUGCCAGAUUUGUGGACAAUAUUUGAGAGCAAUAAGCCUUUUGUGUACAUAGAAAAAGUCUUAGAUCUUUGAUCCUAUUGGAAAAGUUUGGAGGAUUUGAAACCGAUCAUCUGUUCCAAAUUUAACAUGCGCAACUUUUGGUUUCUGUAGCGACCAGGCGCCUGUUGUGUUGCAGCCUUGGAGCCCAGUAAGCAGCGCUCUAGUCUGGCUUUAGUUUACAUAAACAAAAACUGUAAAACUGCAAACCACCAUUGAAUCAAAAUAAAACGUUCCUCUUAUUUGUGAAAAUAGGCAUAUGACCCGUUUCAACUCCACCCUCAAAGAAUCAGAAUCGGAAAUCGAUAAGAACUGGAAUCGAAAGGAGGAAUCAGAAUUGUUAAAAUCCAAACGAUGCCCAACCCUAGGAAGGUCACGGACAUCCGGCGCAAUUUCCGGCAGCACCCCGGGAGAAAUCCCGGAAGUGGAACAUUGUUGUUAUGUAUGUAUAUG